CGAUCGCUAUUCACGACACAAAAGUAAACAACCAACACUUUACGGCAGGAAAUAUGGCUUCUCACUUCAGCGGUGUGCUGCAGUUGACAGACCUCGAUGAUUUUAUCACCCCCUCUCAGGAAUGUGUCAAACCUGUCAAAGUAGAGAAGAAACAAGGUAAAUCUGUGGCCAUAAUUCAAAUAGAAGAUGAUGGCAGUUAUGUGCAAGUCAACCAGGAUGGUGGGAAGCAGAAGCUGGAGAAAGCAAAGAUCACACUGAAUGACUGUUUGGCCUGCAGUGGCUGUAUCACCUCUGCUGAGAGUGUCCUCAUCACGCAGCAGAGCCACGAGGAGCUGUUUAAAGUGCUGCGCAACAACAAGGCCAGUGCGACAGAGCAGAAGGUGGUGGUGGUGUCGGUGUCACCGCAGUCCAGAGCCUCCCUCGCAGCACACUAUGACCUCAGCAGUAGUGAGGCAGGCAGAAGGCUUACUUCUUUCCUCAAAGGCCUUGGGGUUCAUCAUGUGUUUGAUACAAGCUUCAGUCGGACCUUCAGCCUGCUGGAGAGCCAGAGAGAAUUUGUGGAGCGUUUCCAGAGAAAGGAGCAGGACAGCAAGGGUCUUCCCAUGCUGACAUCAGCCUGUCCAGGUUGGAUUUGCUAUGCAGAGAAGACCCAUGGAGAGUUUAUUCUUCCAUACAUUAGUACCACUCGCUCCCCCCAGCAGAUGAUGGGUUCUUUGGUUAAAGGCUAUUUUGCUGAACAACAGGGGAUAAGUCCACAACAGAUCUACCAUGUGGCAGUAAUGCCUUGCUUUGACAAGAAACUUGAGGCCUCGAGGUCAGACUUCUACCUGAACAAUGCUGAGACUCGAGAGGUGGACUGUGUCAUCACCUCCGGAGAGGUUCAGAAAAUGUUGGAGGAGAAAAAUGUGUCUCUAAAUGAUGUGGAACCUGCACCCCUUGAUACAAUGUUCAGCAGUGUGAGUGGGGAUGAGUUCCUGAGCCAUGCUGGGAGCGGGUCAGGGGGUUACCUCCAUCAUGUCUUCACAUAUGCUGCCAAGAAGUUGUUUGGGGAGGAGGUGAAGGAGCUCACCUACAAGACCCUUAGGAAUAAAGACUUCAAGGAAGUGACUUUAGAGAAAGAUGGAGUAGUCCUGUUGUGCUUUGCUUCUACAUAUGGCUUUCGCAACAUCCAGAACCUGGUUCAGAAACUCAAGAGGGGGAAGUCGCCUUACCACUUUGUGGAAGUUAUGGCCUGUCCAUCAGGCUGUCUAAAUGGUGGUGGACAGGUGAAGCCCUUAACUGGUCAGAACCAAAAGGAGCUCCUCCAGAAGGUUGAGGAGCUCUACAAGGCAGAGCGCCCCCUAACGCCAGAAGAUGACACCUGCGUGGCCGAGCUAUACCAGUCCUGGCUACACAGUGUAGGGGAGGAGAGAGCCAAAGAGCUGCUGCACACACAGUACCACACUGUGGAGAAGAUGACCACCGGACUCACUAUGAAGUGGUGAAGAACGCAUUUACUGCAAUCCAUGGUCAGCAGACACUGACUACAGAACCGUCCAAAUAUAUGUGACUAUUUCUGUCUCUCUUCAGAGUGAAGAGAAGGGUAAUGGGCAAAGUUGAAUAUAAUCAGGUUUGAUGAGUGCCAACAGCCUUUUUAAACCACUUUCCUCCUGGUCAAAAGCUUUAUGCCUUGCAAGGUGGCAGACCAAGGCAUAGGUUAUAGACACAAUGCUGAAGCCAAACCAAAUUAUGUAUAUGGUCUGAUAAUUUGCCCUUAUACUGCUGAUUGGCUUUUCAAAUGUAUAAAUAAUUAAUUUGUGUGGCACCGGUUACACUUUGAAAAUGUGAGCUGAAAUAACAAAGCAAUAUAUAAUCAUUCAUUGUUUAUUUAACUAUAUGCUAUUAUAUAUAAAAUUAAAGAUAUUAAUUAAUUGUA